GCCACCUUCUGCCAAGGACACUCAACUUGCUCUCCUCCUAUAUUCUACCUGUUUCCAUGAAUUGAUUCAAAGUUAUUUUGGGGUUGUGGUGUGUUUGUUAGUAGAAGGGGAUAAAAGUGGUGGGGGAGCAGUCAUUUUUAAGCAACUGGGGAAAUGUAACAAUGAUUAGCAGAGCUGUGAAUCUUAGUCUGCACAGCUUGGUGAACUAGAUCAGGUGUUUGUUUCUUCAAGCUGGUCCGACCGAGCGGAGUCUGUCCUCUUCCUCGGGAUCGUUCACUGUAGCUCAUCGUUAAGGACUUUUGAUGUACAGCAGUUUGGCGCAUAUCAAACCUCAGAGACAGAAGAGCAAUGGGAGUACCAAACUCAAGGGAAUACAAUUACUAUCAGGUUCCAAAUUCCCCUUUGAAGAUUUUGCUUAAAAGACGCAAUGAGCCUCUAAAGAAAGAGCGUCCAAAAUGGAAGAGUGAGUACCCGAUGACUGAGGGCCAGCUCAGGAGCAAGAGGGAUGAAUUUUGGGAUACAGCUCCGGCCUUUGAUGGACGCAAGGAAAUCUGGGAUGCACUCAGAGCAGCAGCCCUGGCUGCAGAGUGCAAUGACCUGGAGCUAGCGCAGGCUAUCGUGGAUGGUGCCUGCAUUACAUUACCACAUGGCUCUCUCACAGAGUGUUACGAUGAACUGGGCAACCGCUAUCAGCUCCCAGCGUACACUUUAGCCCCGCCUGUCAACCUCAUCACUGAAACAUCCAGCGACAGCAAGGUUUCCGAAUCGACGCAAAAACAAUCUCAGCCCUCUCCGAGCAGAGAAGAGUUCCAGCUGCGGGUGCGAUUAUCAACAGGAAAGGAUGUGCGUCUCACAGCCAGCAUGGCAGACAGCAUCGCUGAGCUAAAGAAGUUACUAGAAGAACAGGAAGAAAUUGAUGUGUCCCGCCAGAGGUGGUUCUUUUCCGGGAAGCUUCUGACCGACAAGACUCGUCUGCAAGAUACUAAAAUCCAAAAGGAAUUUGUCGUCCAAGUGAUUGUCAAUAUAAAUCCCUCUGUCAUAACUAACUGAGGCAAAUGAAGCAAGGUGAAGAAAAGAUCAUGAAUGUGCCAGAGGUGGGCUGCUGGAACAGGAGUUGGUGACAUUACUGUCCAGUUGAUUCUGUGGUGGAAUUUUGUGUACAUUUUUAUAUAAAAAUAUAUUGCUUUUUGUAUUGCUCCUUUUUCUAUUUUUCCUUUUUCCAAAUGGGGAAAAAAAGCACUGAAACACUUUAGGUGAAAAGUAGAGCCCUAAGAUGCACAUCCCAUUGUCCGUCUAUUUGUGAAGCCAUGAACUCACAGCUUUGUUGUUUACAUGGGUUUCCCUUCUUGUCAUGUCUGUUUGUUCUGGUGCUUAUGAAUAAAUUAAAUAUGGUUCACCUCAGAAUCUAGACAAAAAUCUUUCUUUCUUUCUUUCUUUCUUUCUUUCUUUCUUUCUUUCUUUCUUUCUAACUCUCGUUUACUAUUAUGUGUUUAGGUAGUAGAAACAUUCACUGUAUGUUGUUUGCUCAUGUGCACACUGUUUUCAUUUCACUACUGUAUAUUCAUGGUAAAGACAGGGAAUGUAAUGAAGGCACCUUUUUUAAAGGGAAUAAGAGAUGACCAGACUUGCUUUUUUAAUUUUAUCACUAUGAACAAGAAGGUGUAGUUUGAUGUACAAAUAUGAUGCUCACUGUACUUGAAUAACUUAAUAAAUAUUAUAAAUUUAAA